CGUGGGAGGCGGGGCUAGACGGUGCUGCCCGAGGCCCCUUCGGUGUCUGGCUCGUGGCACCUCUGGCUGAGGCAGGGUAGGGGACGAAGGCAAUGGUACCUGCGCUGCGUUACCUGGGCAGUGCUCGCGGAUGGGUCUGCGGGGGGUUCCCUGGGGGCGUCUCCGCGGCGUGGGGGCCCGCGCCGGGGAGGCCCUGGCCGCUGUGCCAGGGUGGCCGCAGAGCCAGCACUAGCUCAUUUGAUGUAGUCAUUAUCGGUGGCGGAAUUGUGGGGCUUGCCUCUGCCAGAGCACUCAUCCUUCGACAUCCAGCACUUUCCAUUGGUGUUUUGGAAAAGGAGAAAGAUUUAGCUAUUCACCAGACUGGACAUAACAGUGGUGUCAUACAUAGUGGAAUUUAUUAUAAACCUGACUCUCUGAAAGCUAAAUUAUGUGUACAAGGCGCAGCCCUCCUCUAUGAGUACUGUAACCAAAAGGGAAUUUCCUACAAGCAGUGUGGCAAGCUUAUAGUAGCUGUUGAACAAGAAGAAAUUCCCAGACUUCAGGCCUUAUAUGAGAGAGGCCUGCAGAAUGGUGUCCAGGGCCUGAGACUGAUCCAGCAGGAGGAUAUAAAAAAGAAGGAGCCAUAUUGUAGGGGUCUAAUGGCUAUUGAUUGCCCAUAUACUGGCAUUGUGGACUAUCGUCAGGUGGCUUUGUCAUUUGCUCAGGAUUUCCAAGAAGCAGGUGGCUCUGUCUUGACCAAUUUUGAAGUAAAAGAUAUUGAAAUGGCUAGAGAAAGUCCUUCAAGAAAUCAAGAUGGGAUGAAAUAUCCAGUUGUUAUAAGGAAUACAAAGGGAGAGGAAGUUCAGUGUCAGUAUGUUGUGACCUGUGCAGGACUUUACUCAGACCGUAUUUCCGAGUUGAGUGGCUGCAGUCCCGAUCCUCGAAUUGUACCAUUCCGGGGAGAUUACCUGCUCUUGAAGCCAGAAAAAUGCUAUCUUGUAAAAGGAAAUAUUUAUCCGGUCCCAGAUAGCCGGUUUCCUUUCCUAGGAGUUCACUUCACACCAAGGAUGGAUGGCAGUAUUUGGCUAGGGCCUAAUGCAGUUCUUGCCUUUAAACGAGAGGGUUACAAACCCUUUGACUUCAGUGCCAGAGACAGUAUGGAUGUAAUUACCAAGAGUGGCUUGAUUAAACUGGUGUUCCAGAAUUUCUCCUAUGGAGUCAAUGAAAUGUAUAAAGCCUGUUUUCUCAGUGUAACAGUGAAGUACCUUCAAAAGUUUAUCCCUGAAAUUACCAUCAGUGAUAUACUUAGAGGUCCAGCUGGUGUAAGAGCCCAAGCCCUGGAUAGAGAUGGAAAUCUAGUAGAAGAUUUUGUAUUUGAUGGAGGAGUCGGGGUAAUUGGAAAUCGCAUUCUGCAUGUGAGAAAUGCACCUUCCCCUGCUGCCACAUCUUCCCUUGCAAUUUCUGGAAUGAUUGCAGAUGAAGUGCAACAAAGAUUUAAAUUGUAAAUAGUAAAAGGAGUUAGCCUCAGUGAUUACAUUGACUGAGCUACCUCAUCCAUUAACUUGAAAGGCAACACAUCAUCAGCUCACGUUCAAGAAGCAACAUAUCCCAGGUAAAUAGACUAGGCAAUUAUUCAAAACCUGGGUGAGCAUAUUGAAAGUAUUCAGAAACCGUUCACAGAAGAAACAAACCCUAAUGGUUCUUCAAAACAACUGAUUCCUCCAAGAAACGUGACACAGGACAUUUUUCCGUUCCAUUACAAGAUUAUUAAGAGAUGAAAAAUAUUACAAUUCUCUAUUUCAUCGAUAGUAAGAUUGCAUAUGCACUAAGCUGUGAAAGACUGAAAUUACAAAAAUAACUGUCCUAAUUAAAGCAACCCUUAUUCCAUGCGGGUCUGUACUGUACCCCCCUAAAAUACAAAUGGAAAAAAUUAUUGAAAGUGUUCUGAAUGUGUAGGUUAUUCUGUUUGUAAAACAUUUUGUAUUUAUGUCAGUAGGGUUUUAUUGUGUAAUACUGAUGUAAUUUUUUAAAGUUUUGUGUAUUUCUGAGAGAGAAAUGUAUAUUAAUAUUAAAAAUAUUUUGAUGAGCCUUGGUGUUGUCAGCAUAAUUUUUAGUUUUCAUAAAAACUGAUUCAAAUAAAGUUUUGGGGUAUAAAACUUGAACAAUCAUAGCUUUAGAUAGCAGCCAAUCUUUAAAAAGAUCUUCUGUAUUUGUGUAUAAAAAUGAGGUAGAGUAGUUUACAAGAUUUUUGGUAAAAAUUGGAACUCUUCUCCACUUACAAAAAUGGCUUUCCAUCUGGUAGUAGUGGCAAUAUCUGGCUGA